AUGAAUGACAAAUCUCUCAACCUUCGCCGCAUCGACACGCGAACGGACGAUGCCCGAGAGGCGUUGGCGAAGCUGCGAAAACAGCUAAGCCCCACGGGUGACGUGGUCAGCGAUGCGGGCCGUGAACUGACCAAGAAGGUGUUCGGCGAACCGCUGACCCCGCAACAAGUCGUCGAGCGAAUCUGUCGCGAUGUGCGAGAUCAAGGACUCGAGGCGGUACUCGACUACAGCCGCCGCAUCGACCGCGCCGAGCAGACAGCAGAAACCAUCCGUGUCUCCGCUAGUGAACUGGCCGAAGCACACGCCAAUGCACCAUCGAAUCUGCUCGAAGCUGUCCGUCGGGUGCGAGACAACAUUCUUAAGUUCCAAACGGCCAUCUUGCACAAAGACGUGCAGAUCGAUGCUCCCGGAGAAGGCUUUCUCCGACAACGCUACGUUCCAUUGCGAAGAGUUGGACUAUGCGUCCCGGGAGGGGCGGCCGCCUAUCCUUCCACGGUGCUGAUGACCGCCGUGCCCGCGCAGGCCGCGGGUGUGAAGCAACUGGCCGUGAUUGCCCCGCCGACGGACUUCGGGGGUAAUAACCCGGUGAUUCUGGCCACGUGCCAUGAAUUGGGCAUCGAAGAGGUCUACCGCAUCGGUGGUGCUCAAGGAGUGGCGGCACUCGCUUACGGUUGCGGCGAGACGAUUCCGGCUGUCGAUAAGAUCGUUGGGCCCGGAAAUUUGUUUGUGGCCUUGGCCAAGCAGUUCGUCUUCGGACAGGUCGAUAUUGAUUCCAUCGCCGGACCGAGCGAAGUGGUUGUGAUCGCCGACGAUUCGACCAACGCCGAGUACACCGCGGCCGACUUGAUUGCCCAGGCCGAGCAUUCUCCCGGCUCGGGCAUUGUCAUUUCGUGGAGCGAGCAACUGCUGGACGAUACGCUCGCCGCCUUGAAUCGCCAGCUCACGCGGCUUGAGCGGGGCGAUCUUGCCCGACGUUGCCUGGAAGACUUCGGGGCGAUGAUCCUCGUUCGCGAUCAAGCGGAGGCAACCCGGAUGGCCAACGAGAUCGCUUCCGAGCAUCUGCACAUCGCGACCGAGAAUGCCGAAGAAAUGUUGGCAGAUAUUCCCAAUGCGGGGGCCACGUUCCUCGGCCCCUACAGCCCUGUGGCCGUGGGCGAUUACGCUGCAGGUCCGUCGCACGUGUUACCCACCGGCGGAACUGCUCGCUUUGCUAGCGGUUUGUCGGCCAACGAUUUUCUCCGUAGUUCCAGCGUGUUGCACUUCAGCCGCAAAGGGCUUGCCAGUCUGGCCGACGAUGUACGAACGCUGGCCGAUGUGGAAGGGCUCACCGCUCACCGUGCCAGCGUCGAUGUGCGGCUCGACGGAAAGUAG